CCAGAGUGAUAUCGAAAGCUGGACUGCCUCAACUUGUAUAUUCUUUAUAAACGGACAAAAUGGGAAAACGACGAAACAGCGAUGCAUCUGACGAUGAACCUAAAGAAAAAGUAAAGUAUUACGGUGAACCCAAAAAAUAUGACCCGACAUUCGAUGGACCAAUUUCGAACAGGAGUUGUACAGAUAUUAUUUGCUGUUUCGUGUUCGUUUUGUUCCUUGCUGGCCUAGGGGUGAUCAGUGCCAUCGGAUUCCAGAGAGGUAAUGUGGAAACAUUAAUUUAUCCCACAGAUUACCAAGGCCAAGUAUGUGGGAUGUCCGACAAUGUAGCAGAAAAACCCUACCUAUUCUUUUUUGACUACCUGGAGUGUUUGAAUGAAGUAAAACCUCCGAAGUUUGACUGCACCACAUCACUGCAAGUAUGCGUUGAUGAAUGCCCAAAGGAAAACUAUGCCAUCGAAGCUCGAUACUCUAAUGAAUUAGACGAUCCAAACGUCGAUGUCGAUUCCAUCGUUUGGGAUGAUUUCAUUUGUAUCUAUGGAAUAAAUGCAAAAGAAGAAGUAAGCACUAAUGGUUCCACCAUAAAGGACCUUUUGGUUGAAAAUAAAUGUGCCAACUUUUACACAAAAAGUGACGUGUUUACCAGUCGCUGUUAUCCAGAAUUUUUAGUUUCUGACACAGAAAAUGACACCACACCGAAUAACCGAAAAAUAACCGAGGAAGAUCGCGCGGUAGCAUACGACCUGCUAAACUUUCUUCAAAAGUAUGAACGGUUCAAUAGUACAGUAGAGGAUUUAAAAGCAACGUGGCCGUAUAUGGUGGCAGGUAUUACGAUAUCUAUGUUUGCUUCUCUGCUAUAUAUUGUUUUAAUGCGUUGGAUUGCAGCCAUUAUGGUUUGGAGUAGCAUCGUAUUGGUGUUUGCACUAUUAGGGUACGGAACCUACUUCUGUUGGAACGAGCGGAACUGUAUAAAAAAUAACGAUGCUGAUUGUACUUCAGAUACGUUUUCACUUGAUUAUGAAGAAGUUGCGAGUUACGUCAAAAUGGAGCGAACCUGGUAUAUAGCUGCUAUAAUAAUGAGUACAAUGUUAGCAAUUCUCACCCUAAUUAUGUUAUUUCUAUUCAAGCGUAUUCGCAUUGCAAUCGCUUUAAUUAAAGAAGCGAGUAGAGCAGUUUCGUCAAUGCUUUGUUCUCUCUUGUGGCCUGUCAUCCCGUUUAUCAUGCAGCUGGCCUUUUUAACAUUUUGGGCUUUUAGCGUCAUCUUCAUAGCAUCCAUUGUGGAACCACCAUACCAGAUAGCAAAUUCUACCGACGAAUAUACAGACGGUGCGAGUUGUGAACCCACAAUUCCACUUAAUGGAACAACGGAAUGUAUCCUGAUAGGUUAUAACAUCGUCCCAAAUUACGUUUACUGGUUCGAAGCUUACAACCUAGUGGCCUUAUUUUGGAUUUUGAACUUUAUAAGUGCUCUUGGAGAAAUCACACUUGCGGGAGCAUUUGCAAGUUACUAUUGGGCAUUUACUAAACCAGAUGACAUCAAAAACCUACCUCUGCUUCGAUCAUUCUGGAGAAGCAUUCGUUAUCAUAUUGGAUCAAUCGCCUUCGGCUCCCUGAUCAUAACCAUCAUCCAACUGAUUCGGGUUGCCAUACAAUAUGUUGAAGACCAAGUGAGCAAUGCAGAAAAUUUCUUUACAAAAUUUAUUUUCAAGUGUUGUAAAUGCUGCUUUUGGUGUUUAGAAAAAAUUAUGCGGUUUAUAAAUCGCAACGCAUACAUCGAAAUUGCUGUUUAUGGCAAGAAUUUCUGUACAUCUGCCAAAAAUGCAUUCUUUCUCCUCAUGCGAAAUAUAGCUCGAGCCACGGCGCUGAAUGGAAUUUCAAGCUUUAUGCUCUUCGUUGGAAAAAUUGUGAUAACACUCGGGACAGCAUUUGGUGCGUCAGUUUUUUUUCGCAACUACUCGUCGACGUCUCCGAUUGACGUUGAUAGCACAGGUGUGCCAGCAAUGACUUACUUUUGGGCGCCAAUCUUAUUCAUGGCACUAGCCGCGUACAUUGUUGCAAACAGCUUCUUUGGCGUGUACGAUAUGGCGAUCGAUACACUGUUUCUCUGCUUCCUUGAAGACUUAGAGCGACACGACGGAACACCAGAGAAGCCUUAUUACAUGUCAAAACAACUCAUGGAUAUACUUGGAGUGAAAAACAAAAAGAAAAAGAAGGGAUGUUGUCACUAACUGGACAGCAUUGCUUAGAACUAUUACCUUGAUGAACAAUUGAACACGCGUCGCAAAAAUUCUACCAUGUUUAGUGCAGUACGGUACAUAGAGCCUGUUAAAGCAUUACCAAUAUUUGUUGUGUUUGUUUAGAAUUAGUGUAGGCGUAUGUAUUUUUU